GUCCAAAAGUGAGUAUGAGGCGGCGAGUCACAAGAACUUGACCAAUCGUACGACAAGAGAGAGAAGAAGGCGAUCCUCUCUGGUCCGCGAGCGAGCAGUCAGAAGAGAAGAAGGAAGCCCUGCCUGCAGUUCAAUCACCAGAGGGAUACGCAAAAUUAGUGCAAUAACACCCAUUCAUCUCUAGCGAUUUGCGGGGUUUCUCUUCUCCUCUUUUCUUUCUUCUCCGUUAUUUCUGCUACUUAAAUCUCUGAGGACAACAGGAAGAAAACGAGAAGAAAUUAGGGUUCGAUUCGGAACCAUGUCGAAGAAGAAAGUGAGUGGCAAUACUAUGACGCUCAAGGACUUCCACGGCGGCUCUAUCCCCACUGAUCUUCCUCUUCCAUCUGCUCCUGGGGUAACGGUUAGACCUUCAGAUCGGACUAGUUUCGAUCGCCCUACAUCGUGGGGGAACCCCAUGAACAGGUCGGACCACCGGUCCAGGCCGCAUUCAUCUCCGGCAACCAGGCAUUUUGAUGACAAAACUCCAUUUCUCGCUCCUGCUGCACACAUUGGCCGGAAUUUCGACGAGGAUGAAAGGAAACCCCUUGGCGGUAUAACUCCCCCACGUCGAACCAUCAGUGAUGAAAGCAUUAGGGUCCUGCCGAGCCGUACAGAGCUGAAGCCUGAAUAUGAACCAAGUGGGAGGCAGAGGUUGGCUCCGAUGUCGCAGUUUCCAACUCCUGCUGCGGUAAAUUCAUACGCAGGGAGAGUCGGUGAGGGGCUCCACUCAGGGGUUACUUCUCAGAAUUCAGGUGGAGGCAGCGGGAUGGUUUAUUCUGGGGUUCAUCCAAAUGCGUGGCAAGCAAGGAAGGAGGUGGUUUCCGGGGUUAACGAACAUUCACAUUCUACGUGGGAUGGACCGAGUGCUGUCUCAAAACUUGCUCAUGCUAGUGCGCUUGAAAAGGUAUCUUCAGGGAGGUGGCAGUCAAAACAGUCCGUCCAUUAUCAAACUGAUGUGAUCGCUGUCGCAUCUUCUGAACCAGAUGUUAGAAUGCAGUCAAAGGGUUAUGGUGGUUCCUUUGACAGGGUGGAUGCAUCGUAUGGUAGGGAUUAUCGCGACGCUUCAUUAGCUAAGCUUGCAGAUAGAGAACUUGGCAUAGAUGAUGGAACUGAGGUACAUAGACAAGAUUUAUCUGAGCACGAUAGGGUUGUAAUCCCGAAAUAUCACGUAAAAGAGAGAUCUUUAAAAGUGGAUGCUGCUACAAUUCAGAAUUCUGGUCCUAAUCAAAUGGCUGGUGGACGUGGAUCUGAUUUGCAUCAUCCCGUGAGUUCAUUAGUAUCAGAACGACCAAAGUUGAAAUUACUUCCAAGAACAAAGCCAUUGGCAGGUUCGGAGCCCAACAUUGUGGAUCAUACGCAGAUGAUUCCCGAUGCUGUUUCUGCUGAAAAUGUGAAUGAAAUGUAUGGAAAUUCAAAUUCUGUGAAACCUAGUUCAGCUGGCUCUGAGAGCGGGAAGGAUGGAAUUGAGCGUCCAAAAUUGAAUUUGAAGCCCCGGUCACAACCCGUCGAACAUUCAGAAGGAAAUACUCGGAGAGACAGGAUUGCUGUGUUUGGUGGUGCUCGCCCUCGGGAACAGGUUCUGAAGGAACGAGGGCUUGAAAAUACCACAAUUAACAACCACGACCUUGUCCAAAAUUCCGAAAGGAUUGACGAAAAUUUUUCAAGGACCGAAAGGGUUCAAGGACCCCCUGUUCCUGUGCAUCAGACUGGGAAAACGGAGAAUCCACCUUUUGAUCGAAGGAUUAGUAAGGAAGGUGAGAGGAAGGAUACCAGGGCAGAUCCAGAGAUGCAAAGGAGGAAUUUACGUGAAAACCGAAGGAAGAACAGAGGAGAAACUGAAAGACAACAGCAGGUCGAGCGGCCACCUUCACCAGAGACUUGGCGCAAGCCUGCCGAGCAGCCGAAAGCUGCCUCCUCAAAUGGUGGUGGCAUGCGAUAUGGGAAAGUUGCUUCAGCACUUGAGCUGGCUCAAGCCUUCUCUAGAUCAGUUUCAGAUUCGAACGUAGCCGAUAGGGUUCCCAGUCAAAGAAACCUUCCUGGCCGGCCUCAGAUGCCUUUUUCACGGCUAAUGGGUCCGUCCUCUAGGCCUCAAAUUAAUGGUUAUUAAGUUAGCAACCGUUCUGAGUCGGGUAAUAGAAAAAGAAAAAAGAAAGGAGAAAUGGGAAGGAACAAAAACAAUAAGCGAAAAGAAGUUGAAACUUUUAGUUUGUUGUUUGGCAUUGCUAUAUGGUGAAAAUGAUUGUAUUGACAUUGAGUUUCAUGGCAAAGACAUUCCAAGUUUA